GCGUGCAGCUCGGCCGCUGCACGCACACCGCAAACACGUACCACUGGCACUUGAACACAGCGCAAGGCAGGAUGGCCUCAUCACCGAGCGCCUUCAAGGUCUACGCAGAAGAGUGUCAUUCCAUCUUCGGCAACGCCCCGACUCUCGAGCUCCUCAUUGAGAAUCAUGAGUAUCCCUUCGCUCACGAGGCUGGUGUCUACGUGGCCCAAGACAACACCCACUUCGUGACCAGCAACCAGUUUGUCGAUCCUUCAGUCGGCCGACGACAUAUACGCAUCAGCAAAAUAUGCCUUCCAGUCGAUCUAGCAUCUAAAGCGGUCGGGUGUGAGGAGAUUGAUGCCCCUAUGGUGCCCAUGGCUAACGGUGGUGUGAACGACCGAGACGGCAUCCUCUUUUGUGCGCAGGGAACACUCUCAGCGCCGGGCGGUCUAGUUUGGAUGGACGCAAAGCCACCGUACACGUGCUCGUCGCCUAUCACCUCCUUUCACGGCCUGAAUGAUGUGGUCGUACAUUCCGACGGCGGCAUCUGGUUCACGGAUCCAAUAUAUGGCUUUGAGCAAGGGAUCCGCCCCAAGCCGCGAUUACCAAGCCAGGUCUGCCGCUUCGAUCCUGACACGGGCCCGGACGAGGAGAUAGUCUAUAUCACUGAUACAGACUGGAUACACGGAGAUGGUACAACUGAUGAUGCCCGGGUUUCGCACAUUUAUGCAUUCGAUGUGGCCACUUACUCCGGUCAACCAUUCUUAACCAGCCGAAGGCUCUUUACUAUGGCUGACAAAGGUGUCCCAGACGGAAUCAACGGCUGUGGUGACAGCGUCAGUAUCUGGUCCCCUGGUGGCGUGCUCCUCGGCAAGAUCCUAGUAGACGGUGGAGUGGCCAACUUUUGUUUCGGUGUGAACGGCGAAUUGUUUCUUUUGAACGAGAAUAGGAUCUGGCGGGCGCAAUUGAGUUCAGGUAUCAAGGGUGAUCUGUUGCGAAUAUAG